AUGUUGAAGGAACAGAAUGUCAGGGAAGUAUUUUAUGCUGAAGUGAGAAGAGAGGAAUCAGACAGCGACAGUGUGAGGGGUAGUGUGGCAAGACACGGGGGCAAAAUAAAGGAUGUUCUGCAAAGUGCAGCUGAUGAGAUGUGUGGCUCGACAAAGGGCCAGCUCGGCGUAUAUGGCCAGUAUUCUCUUGUGUUUUAUGCUGAUGAGAUGUCAUUAGACACCUCGGAUAAUAAAGAGGAAUUUUUACUGGAAUGCAACGGUGAUUAUGAUCCUGAAAAAGAGAUAGAUCUCAGUGAAGACAAUAGUAAUUGUGAAUAUAGCAAACAGGUUUUUGAUAAAAUCAAACUUACAUACCCAAAGAAAGCUAGACUACCUAUUUGGGUUCAGUGCCAACUCAUAUUGGAGAAAUAUUAUGUACACAUCAUUGCAGGUCCUCCUAAAGGUGAGAAGGCAGAGAGAGAUCAUUCAGGAGAACCAAAAGAUGGAGAGUCUUCAACAAAACAUGAGGAAGAUUUCUUGGGAUUUUCUCCAUCUGCAGACAAAAGUAAGGCAGAUGUGCUGAUCAGUCGAGCAGAUAUAGCACAGGCCAAUGCUAUGGCUCGUCAGCUUCAUGUGUUCAAACCCGGAAUAGAUUUUGUUCCUGGAUCAAGAUUAGAAGUGCUGGAGUCUCGGGAUAAUAAUUGGUACCAAUGCAAAAUUGUAGAAGUGGACUGGGGGGAACUAGACAUCCUGGUUCACUAUGAACGCUGGUCUAAUCGGUUUGAUGAAUGGCUCAAAAUGGACUCCACUAGAAUUAGGCCAAUGAUUCGCAGUUCACUAAGGAAAGAUAGGAGGAGCAGUCAUUUUCGUGUUGGAGAUAAAGUAACUGCACGUUGGGCUGCUGAUGGCAAACGCUACCACGCUCGAAUUACUAAAUCAUUAGGAGAUGAUCAGUAUGAGGUCCUGUUUUUUGAUGGAGUGGCAAAAAUUCUUCGCUCUGGAGCACUUACAAAAGUCAUUUUGCUUUAUUCUUGUAAAUAA